AUGCCCGUCACAAUCAAGCCGUCGGCCCACGACGCAUCGACUUACGGCGCCGCUUCGCACCUUCACAAGCCCGUCUCCUCAGCCGAGCGCCUCCUCAAGUACACCCUCGCGGAUUCCAACAAUGACUCUUCCCCUCCCAGAAAGAUCGUCAAGAGCACGUAUACGGCGCUCUCCUCCGAUUCGCCACCCGCGUACUCCUCCAAGAACGGAUUCGUCCACGCCUGCAUUGAGGCAUACAACCAGCACCUCCAUCUGCAGGUGAGGCCGGAAGAUGUCUGGGUCGCGAUCUUGACGCAGCUGAGCAUCUACGUCAACGCCAACGCCGAAGAGCUGAGGCACAUCUUUGUGAGCCAUGAUGAGAAGAAGGACCUGGAGCUUCUCGACGACGGCCUGGGCCUCGACUACACGAAAUGGGACCACGGCGAACUCGCCUACAGGAUGACCAAGCUCAUGGCCGGCGCUAUCCACGACCCGGAAUGGAGGAGUUGGAUCCUGCCCGAGUUCUCGACCACGACCAAGGUGGAUCAAGCGGUGGCAAGCGUGAUCUUCAUGGGGACCUUGCAAAAGUACUUUACGUAUGCGUGGGGCACGAGAUGCGGUCUGCCCUCCGUCACGCUUCUGGGCACCGCGCAAGAUUGGCGGAGGAUACGCGACAAGUGCAAAGCUCGCCUCCCGUUACUUGGCCCCCAGUGCGAGCAAUGGCUAUCCGUGCUGGAGCCUGUUCUCGACGGUUUCGUACAGAGCUUCAAGGCUCCUGAAUCAGAAGAAACCAUCUCCUUUGGCAACGCAUCACUCAAGUACAAUGCGCUUCCGGUAGGGUUCACAAAGGUGCCCGUUACCUUGAUAGUCGGCCUUUCCGCAGUUCGCGUCGAGAUGGUCGCAGGGUCCCUGUGCUUCAGGGCGUCGGAUUCGCGCGCGACGACCCGAAAGGGAGGAAAGCACAAGGACCUCGAUACUCUCCAGCCAGAGACGGGAUGGAUCAUGUACGAGACGUAG